CCCCACCAUCACCCAGCUAACUUUACUCUGCUCGCUUCGUUCCUGCUCUGCCGGCCAAUCCGUCCUCAGUUCUAACUUAGGGCGCCUUGCAUGGAAUUCAAUCCAUGAAGCUAGGGAUUCUGCUUCCGGCCCGUCGUAAACAAGAUAGGUAGAUAGCUAGAGAGAGAAAGAGGACUGUUAUGCAGGCAGGCCGGGACGAGAGCGCGCACACGGUGAACGCGGCGGCCGUCGUUCUGGCCGCCGCCGCCCGGAGCAGCGCCGGCCUCGAGCGCCACAACCACCAGCACCUGCAGCUCCACGACCACGCCACAGCCGUUCCAAAGAGACGAUGGUGGUGGUCGUGGCUGCCGAAGCCCAACCUGGCGUGCUUCCGGCCCCACGGCCACCCCCGCCGCAUCGCCAACGCCGGAGACACGUCGCCACAGCCGGCCGCCGCGCACACCGCAUCGGCAGCACACGUCCACGACGCGUCUCACCCACCACCACCGGCCUUCGCCUUCGUGGCGCCGCCGUCGUCGCCCGCCUCCUCCCUCUACGCCUCCGAGUCGCCGUCGCCGGUGCUCCUCGGCCUACGACAUGCGAGCUCGCCCAGCCCGGGCAGGAGCUCGAUGAUGUUCGCCGUGGGCCCGUACGCGGAGGGGCCGCAGCAGCUGGUGUCCCCGCCGGUGCAGUACUCCGCCUUCACCACCGAGCCGUCCACCGCGCCGCGCACGCCCACGGCCAUCACCAACCCCUCCUCCCCCGAGGUCCCCUUCGCCCGCUUCCUCGGCUCGUCGCUCUCGUCGUCUUCCAUGACCGUCGCCGGCGCCGGCGACUCCGGGCUGUUCCAUGCGUACCAGCUGCAGCCGGGGAGCCCCAUCCCGCUCGUCUCGCCGUCGGGCUCCUCCUCACCGACGCGGCAGCUGUUCCGGAAGAAGCUGCACCGGCGCGACGAGGGGUCGCUUCUCGACGGCCACAUCCCCGUGUCAACCGGCGGGGCCGGCAUGGAUUUUGUUGUCCCUCACACUGCUCGCGAUGAAGUUCAUGGUGGUCAGGGAGACGACGGUGAUGACGACGUUCCCAAGAGCGGGGAGUUCGUGUUCGGCAGCGCCGAUGGUCCUGCCGAGGACAUGGACGGCGAGGCCCGCAAGAAUUGGCAUUUCUUUCCCAUGGUUGAGCAGGACAUGAUCUUACCCAAGCAGUGAACUUCACAACCACAUUCAGUUUUGGUCUGUUCUGCUCUGCUCUUGGUUGUCGCUAGCUAGAGUCAGACACUCGUGCAGCAAGUUACUAACAACAUGUGCCGUGAAGUGGCGAGCCUGCUUGACGGCAACUAGAUAUAGUGAUCCUGGUCUAGUUUUUCAGCUAUUCAUCAGCCUUCUCCGGUGCCAACGUGCUGUAAUUGCAAUUCCUGAGCAUGCACAUACAUACAACUAUGUACAACAAGCUGAGUAGCUUUAUUAACACUUGGUAAGGGAUGUUUGCGGUUGAUCUCCCUCAAA